AUGACCUCCAUCGAACCUCAUAUGUCCGCUACCGCUCUCGAGCGCAUGGAGCGCAUUGAGCGCUUCAAGCGCAAGAAAGCCGAAGCAGCCGCCAGCGCCGCCAAGGCCAAGGCAGAAGGCGCCGGGGAUCACCGCAAACGUCGCCGUAAUCGCACAACACAGUCCUGCUUGAACUGCCAUACCUCCAAGCGCAUGUGCGACAGAGGGCGUCCGUGCGGUCGAUGCACUCAGUUGGGUUUGACGAGCGUCUGCAUUUAUGAAGUCGACGAUCGUUCUCCACGUGCCGGCGAAGACACCAAUGUGCUGCACCAGCGCGUCGCAGAGCUUGAGGGCGUCAUCAACGAGAUGAAGAAUAAGCCUCGCUGGAUUGAGGAGACGCCCGGCGCCGGCGAACUCAGUGACGAAGCGCUAUCGCGCCCGCUCACCACCGAGUCCGAGUCUUCGGCGGCAAGCGCCAUGCUUCCCGCCACACCGCCAUCGGCCGCCCACUAUCUUGACGUGCCCAUCUCUACGAUGAGUCUAUCACCCCUGGUUCCACAUAGCCCAGGUUCAGCUUCGAGCUCCGCGCCGUACACGCCGCUGAAUACGCCUGUCACCUUCACCUUCGCGCCUGGUAUUCUGGACGGUCCGUUUGAACCGCGGACCGUCGACUUCUCGUACUCGCCCAAUCCCGCGCCAGCCAUCACGCUAGAUGCCGGUUGUCAGAACGCGUACGAGCUCAGUUCCAGCCCUACACCAUAUGGCCUUUUCCAGCAUCCCAUGUCUUCACACCACAGGCACGACUCCGACGGGACCCCUUGCUCCUGUGUUGGAAGCUCGGACGUCUAUUCUGCGUUAGCCGAAGCCGCUGCUCAACUUCAUCGCGCAGCCGAAUUGCUAGGCGCAGACCAUACAUGCGAAGUCCGGCAGCGCGUUGUCGACAUGGAUUCGUACCUGACAUGGACGUUAGGGACUACACCGGCACCGGACGUCCUCCUGCAGGCACCGAACGUUUUGCUGCAUGCUCCAAGUGCACCUGUGUCGCCGUCGCCACACAGCAACGUGUGGGGCGGGGUGCACGAUGCAUUACUUGCGCAUCAGGGCCAGCCGGUAAAUGGCCAGCUGCUAUCGCCCUUUGAGGGUCAAGUAUAUGGGCCGCCUUCUCCACUGUGGGGUAUGAACGUCAACGAGGGUCCAAACUAUAUUUUCACCGCCUGGGAACCAGAGCACGCAUAG